AUGGCUGGGGCGAGCGGCGGGGGGGACCCGCUGGCGUUGGAGGAGCCUCCCCUGCCCAGGCCCUCCCAGCCGGAGAGCUGCUUGGGCGACCAGGACAGGCUCGCGCAGAUCCACUUUAAAAUUUUGAGAGGGCACUGUGAUACUGUGAGCUCCUGCCAUUUCUGCUUUGAAGAUACAAAAAUUCUUUCUUGCUCUUAUGACAGAACAAUGAAACUCUGGGAUGCUGAAAAAGGUGUUCCUGUUCAAGUCUUUGAAGAAAAACACACAGCUCCCAUUUCUGAGUGCAGCUUGACUCCUGAUAACAAAAGAGUGAUAACAUCAUCAUAUGAUAAAACAGUAAAGGCUUGGGAUAUGGAAACAGGAAAAAUGCUUUGGACUGUAGACCAAGAAGGCCUUGUAACUUCAUGUAAUAUUUCAUGUGAUGGUAAAUAUGUGGUAUCUGGCUUGGACAUGGAAAAUGCUAUAUGUGUUACUGAUGCAGUAAAUGCCACAACGGUGGCAUAUGUCCAAGGUCAUCACAGAAGCACAAUCACAAGAUGUUGUUUUGACCCUGAUAACGAGAGAGUCUCUUCAGUAUCAUCUGAUAAGACCAUAAAGCUUUGGGACAUUAUAGCACAAUCCACCACUAUCACAAUUGAUGAGGCACACACCAAUGUCAUCUCAGACUGCUGCUUUACCAUAGAUGGUCAUUACUUGUGCACUGCAUCUUGGGACAAAACCUUAAAACUAUGGGCUAUAAAAACAGGGGAGUUUCGUUAUCAUGGACCUAUUUGCUUGAACCAAGGUCAUGAAGGUUCUGUUAGUUCCUGUGUUUUUAGCAAAGAUGCAUCUCUUGUAGUGUCUGGAGCAUAUGACAAAACUAUAGCUCUGUGGGAUGCAGGAGCAGGAUAUAAAAAGCUAGCGUUAAAGGGCCAUGGAGACUGGGUGAUGGAUGUUGCAAUUAGCAACAACAAGAAAUGGAUCCUUUCUUCCUCAAAGGAUGCUACUUUGAGAUUAUGGAACAUUGAAAAGGCUGAUCAUGUUCCUGCGGCAAUAGAAAGCAGAAAAACAAGAGGCUCAAAAAUAGCUCAAUGUGAAGAAUGUGAAAAACCUUUCUCACUCCUACAGUGUGAUGACUCUGAAGCGGUAACCAAGUGUGUAUUCUGUCGACUGGCUUCUCCUUCGAGAAAUAUUUUGCCAUUACCACCUAUUGUAGCGCCUGAUUUCUAA